CUUCCCCGACACUUCGCGCUCAUCAUCAUUUUUUUCCUCCUUCUGACAUUUGAUCAGAAAUCAUGGAAGCGAUGGACGUCGCUGUCACCAACUGGCUCCUGCUGUGCUGUGUGAGCGUGUGUGUGGCGGCUGAUGGGGACUCAGCUUUUGCUCACCUUGAGGAUGCAAUCGAUUACAAGGAUCCCUGUAAAGCCGCGGCCUUUCUGGGAGACAUUGCUCUGGAUGAAGAGGACCUCUCCAUGUUCAAAGAGUCGCACAGCAAUGGUGAAUCACAAAACAAAGACCACACAAACUCAGCCAUCGGUUCAGCUUCCAAUGAAAACGUCAAGACAGCUGCAGGCCGUGAGAGUCUGCCUCGCCAGAAAAGAGCAGCCACCUCCAGGCCUGAGCGAGUGUGGCCCGAUGGCAUCAUCCCCUAUGUGAUCAGUGGGAAUUUCAGUGGCAGUCAGAGAGCCAUUUUCCGUCAAGCAAUGCGUCACUGGGAGAAGUACACAUGCGUGACCUUCAUAGAGAGGACCACCGAAGAGAGCUACAUUGUUUUUACUUACAGGCCUUGUGGGUGUUGCUCCUACGUGGGGAGGAGAGGCGGAGGCCCUCAGGCCAUCUCCAUCGGGAAGAACUGUGAUAAGUUCGGCAUUGUGGUUCACGAACUCGGCCACGUGAUCGGCUUCUGGCACGAGCACACGCGGCCGGACCGCGACGAGCACGUCAGCAUCGUCAGAGACAACAUCCAACCAGGACAGGAGUACAACUUCCUGAAGAUGGAACCGGGCGAGGUGGACUCCCUGGGCGAGGUGUACGACUUUGGCAGCAUCAUGCAUUAUGCCAGGAACACAUUUUCCAGAAGCAUCUUCUUAGACACAAUUUUGCCCCGUUAUGAUGUCAGUGGAGGCAGGCCUUCCAUUGGCCAGAGGACGAGUCUUAGCAAGGGGGACAUUGCACAAGCCCGCAAGCUCUACAAGUGUGCAAGAUGUGGGGACAGCCUGCAGGAGAGCGCUGGAAACUUCUCCUCUCCUGGUUUCCCCAACGGGUAUUCAGCGUACGCCCACUGCGUUUGGAGGAUUUCUGUCACUCCUGGUGAAAAGAUUAUUCUUAAUUUCACCUCCAUGGACCUCUUCAGGAGUCAUCUGUGCUGGUACGACCAUGUGGAGGUCAGAGAUGGCUUCUGGAGAAAAGCCCCCCUCAAAGGCCGUUUCUGUGGGGACAAACUUCCAGAUUCAAUUGUCUCAACUGACAGUCAGCUGUGGAUUGAAUUCAGAAGCAGCAGCACCUGGGUGGGCAAAGGCUUCUCUGCUGUUUAUGAAGCUGUGUGUGGGGGGCAUGUAAAAAGGGACAGUGGCCAGAUUCAGUCGCCCAAUUAUCCUGAUGACUACCAUUCAAACAAAAUGUGUGUGUGGAAGAUCACCGUAGCAGAAGGCUUCGAUGUCGGGAUCUCCUUUCAAUCUUUUGAGAUUGAGAGACAUGACAGCUGUGCCUACGACUACGUGGAGGUGAGGGAUGGCGGCUCAGAGAGCAGCCCGCUGCUCGGCCGCUUCUGCGGCUACGAGAAACCAGAAAGCAUCAAAAGCAACUCUAACCAUCUCUGGCUCAAGUUUGUAUCCGAUGGGUCAGUCAACAAAGCGGGGUUCGCAGCCAGCUUCUUUAAAGAGAUGGACGAGUGCGCUAAACCCGACAAAGGGCAUUGCGAGCAGCGUUGUCUGAACACGCUGGGCAGCUACAGGUGUGCCUGUGACCCCGGAUAUGAGCUGGCAGCUGACAGACGCAGCUGCGAGACAGCUGCCUGUGGCGGCUUCAUCUCCAGUCUGAACGGCUCCCUCAUCAGCCCGGGCUGGCCCAAGGAAUACCCACACAACAAGAACUGUGUGUGGCAGCUGGUGGCCCCCAUUCAGUACCGCAUCACCCUGGUGUUUGACGGGUUUGAGACUGAAGGCAAUGACGUGUGCAAGUACGACUAUGUGGAGGUGCGCAGUGGGCUGAGCUCAGACUCAAAGCUUCAUGGGAGGUUCUGCGGGGCCGAGAAACCUGAUGUCAUCACUUCCCUUCACAACAACAUGAGGAUUGAAUUUAAGUCCGACAACACAGUGUCCAAAAGGGGCUUCAAGGCUCACUUCUUCUCUGACAUAGACGAGUGCUCCAAAGCUAAUGGAGGCUGCCAGCACGAGUGUGUGAACACCUUCGGGAGCUACAGCUGUCAGUGCCGCAGCGGAUUCAUGCUGCAUGAUAACAAACAUGACUGCAAGGAAGCGGGCUGUGAUCAUGUCAUAAGCAGUGCGUCCGGCACCAUCAGCAGCCCCAACUGGCCAGACAAGUACCCCAGCAAGAAGGCCUGCACCUGGUCUCUGUCCACGACCCCGGGCCAUCGAAUCAAACUGGUUUUUAACGAGGUGGACAUGGAGGCUCAUCUGGAGUGCGCUUAUGACCACCUAGAGAUCUUUGAUGGGAAGGAUGCUCGCGCUCCAACCCUGGGGUGCUUUUGUGGCACCAAAAAGCCAUCUCCAAUCAUCUCCAGUGGCAACAGAGUCUUCCUGCGCUUUUUCUCUGACAACUCGGUGCAGAAGAGAGGGUUUGAGGCCUCAUACACGGCAGAAUGUGGAGGAAACCUUAAAGCUGAGGUCAAGACAAAAGACCUUUACUCCCAUGCGCAGUUCGGAGAUAACAACUACCCAGGAGGCUCCGACUGCCUGUGGGUGGUCACCGCUGAGAAGGGUUACGGAGUGGAGAUGAUCUUUCAAGUGUUUGAGAUCGAGGAGGAGACAGACUGCGGGUACGAUUACGUGGAGUUGUAUGACGGCGCUGACAUCAAGUCUCCCAGGCUGGGACGAUACUGCGGAUCUGGGGCUCCAGAGGAAGUCUACUCAGCUGGAGAUGCAAUUGUUUUAAAAUUUCACUCUGAUGACAGCAUCAGUAAAAAAGGCUUUCAUGCACGCUACACAAGUACAAAGUUCCAAGACACACUGCACACAAGCAAGUGACUCCCAACUUCAACUGAGACUCGAAUUCUUACAUUUGGUUAGUCACACCCAUUUUCAGGCGAGGAAUAAAUGCAUGGGUUGACACCACAAAUGGCAGCCCGCAUACUUUACAUUUGUCAGACAGAGCAAAACCAAGCAGAGAAGUCACGUCUUUAGUUGUCCUCAUAUGUAGAGGCAUUUGGUAAACAAAGUAGAGUGAAUUAUACAAGUAGAUUCAGUUAUGCCACCUGAAAUGAGCUGUUAUUGAGUAAGACCUGUGUUAAGAUGUAAUAUGUAUAUAUUGGGAUAUAGUGUGCUUUGAUUUUGAAUCAUAUCCAUUGUUUUUGUACGACUGGAUGAUGGAUCACUGCUAAUGCAGUCUGAUGUGUUAUAUCAACUGACAAAUACACACAUAAUUAUGGAAAACUUGAAGAAAUGCUUGUAGUUAUU